CUCGGUGUCAGACGCUCCAAGCUCCGCGCUCAGGUAAAAAAAAGAGGAAACUGCAGCAGAUGCAGGACGGUGAAGUGGGAUUGACCAGCGGAAGAACUGAAAUGUCUUGUCAUUUUAAAGGAUAAUUCUUGUAGAAAUCACGGCUUCGAGUUAACGGUAGUGUUGUGGAUCCGCAGAGCGGACUCCCCUCACCCAGUCCACGGGACCCCCUGCUCAGUCCUGAGUCACACAUGGAUGUUCAGGGAUAUAAGUGGGUGCGAUGGCGUGUGUGGUUGUGCCGUCUCGGUGCCCUGCUGUCCUUGGGUCUCCUCCUGAUUGUGUUUCACUGGCGCCCGCGGCUUGCUGUCCUCGCCCGCUGCCGCUCCUGCCCUCUGGCUUUGGCAGAUGUUCUGCUAUUAAAAGACAGUUUUAGUCAAGAGCAUGUGGUGGAGGUCUUCAAAGAGGAGAUAGAGGAGGGCAGUUUGGACUUGCUGGGAGAGCUGGAGGACACCGAGUGGAUAGAUACAGUUCAGCUCUGCAGGGACGACAACACGCUGAUGCGCUACUAUCUGUUUGAAGGACUGCGCUUCAUCUGGCUGGAUAGAAAAGGAGCUUUCUGUCGUGUUAGUGUCCUCAAUGAGGACUGGACCUGCAAGGACCUGUAUGGUUUCCAAAAGGGCCUGAGUCACCUGGAGCAGAGCUCAAGGAGACGCAUGUAUGGGCCCAACAUUAUCGAUGUGCCUGUGAAGCCUUACACCAAGCUGCUGUUUGAGGAGGUCCUCAACCCGUUCUAUGUGUUCCAACUGUUCAGCAUUUGCUUGUGGAUCGUUGAUAAUUAUUUUAUUUAUGCUGUGUGUAUAUUCAUCGUCUCCCUGGUGUCCAUCUGUAUCUCACUCUACGAGAUCCGCAAGCAAAGUGUCACUCUUCGCAACAUGGCUCGGAUGGUCACUAAUGUCACAGUACGGAGGCGGUCAGGAGUUGAAGAGUGCGUGAGCUCGUUGGACCUGGUCCCAGGUGACUGUAUCAUCGUCCCUCAGGAAGGUCUGAUCCUGCCCUGUGAUGCUGCCCUGCUGGCUGGGGAGUGUCUGGUCAAUGAGAGCAUGCUAACAGGUGAAAGUGUCCCAGUUCUGAAAACCCCACUGCCUGCUGGUGACGGGAGGUACAGCUCAGAAACUGAGCGCAGACACACCCUCUUCUGUGGUACACACCUAAUCCAGGCCAAAGGGGUGGGGCCAGAAGGCAAUGGUGUGGUCGCUAUAGUCACGAGCACUGGGUUUUUCACAGCCAAAGGGAACCUGGUCAGCUCCAUUUUGUAUCCUCAGCCAACAAACUUCCGCUUCUACAAAGAUUCGGUCAAAUUCCUGCUUAUCCUGGGCUUCAUCGCUCUUUUUGGCACCAUUUACAGUUUUGUGGUCCUCUUCAAAUCCCAUGCCACCUGGGUAGAGUUGGUGAUUAGAAGCCUGGACAUUGUGACCAUUGCAGUGCCCCCUGCACUGCCUGCUGCCAUCACCACUGGCAUCAUCUACUCCCAGCACAGGCUGAAGAAACAGGGCGUCUUCUGCAUCAGUCCACCACGCAUCAAUGUCUGCGGCAAGGUCUCACUCUUCUGCUUCGACAAGACAGGAACUCUCACAGAGGACGGCCUGGAUGUGUGGGGCGUGAUGGAGGCGGGGCCUGCCGGUUUCUCAGAGCUGGUACCAGAGCCUAAACUCCUGCUGCCGGGCAACAUGCUCUCUGGCCUGGCCAGCUGUCACACUGUGACACUGCUACAAGGUCAGCCCCUCGGAGACCCUCUGGAGCUGAAGAUGAUCGAGUCCACUGGUUGGACACUCGAGGAGCCAGAGGGAGGUGGGAAUGAAUUGGAUGCAGAGUUUGGAGGACACAAGGUUUUGGCUGUCAUGAGACCGCCGACUCAACAGUACCAAGCUCUAGGACCUUCCACCAGCGAGCCUGUGGCCAUUGUUCAGAGGUUUCCCUUCUCCUCGGCCCUGCAGAGGAUGAGUACGGUGACGGUGGCCGCCGGGGGGCGCUGGCCUCUAGCUUUUAUUAAAGGAUCCCCGGAGAUGGUGGCUAGUCUGUGCAUAGCAGAAACCAUGCCGGCCAACUUCUCCAACAAACUGCACAACUUCUCCAGUGAAGGCCUCAGAAUUCUUGCACUCGCGUACAAGCCAUUAGACGUGAACACUGACUUAAAGAAUAUUGAACGAGGGGAGGUCGAGAAGGACAUGCAGUUCCUGGGCUUUCUGAUUAUGAAGAACCUGGUGAAGCCAGAGAGUCCCAGAGUUAUUAAUGUCCUGAGACUGGCAAACAUUCGUAGCGUCAUGGUCACCGGGGAUAACAUUUUAACAGCAAUCAAUGUAGCAAAAUGCUGUGGGAUGAUGGGAUCUGACGAGAAGGUGAUAUUCGUCAAUGUCAUCCCUCACACCAACACGUCCCUGCCUGUGCUGAGGUUCAACCUGGAAACCGAAGGGACGACUGCCGCCCAAAGCUCUGUAGAGGUCAUCACUCAGGGUCUUUACCAGGGAGGCUUUGGCUAUCACUUGGCUAUUUCUGGCAAGUCCUUUGCUGCACUCUGUGAAAACUUCCCUGAAUAUCUGCCAAAGGUUUUGUUGCGAACCACAGUAUUUGCUCGCAUGACUCCUGACCAGAAAACUCAGCUGGUGAAAGAGCUGCAGAAACUUAACUAUUGCGUUGGCAUGUGUGGGGACGGGGCCAACGACUGCGGGGCCUUAAGAGCUGCUGACAUCGGGGUUUCUCUGUCUGAGGCCGAGGCUUCAGUGGCGUCCCCUUUCACCUCUAAGACUAAAAACAUCAGCUGUGUGCCGCUGCUUAUCAGAGAGGGCCGGUGUUCCCUGGUGACCUCCUUCAGCCUCUUCAGAUACAUGGCUCUGUACAGCAUCGUUCAGUUUUCCUCCAUCCUCAUCCUCUACACGAUGAAUACGAGCAUGUCCGACCUGCAGUUCCUGUUCUGUGACAUCUUUGUGGUGACUCUGCUGGCCUUCGUGAUGGGAAAAGGAGGUCCCAGUAGAGAGCUGCACCCCCGCAGACCCCCGGCCAGUCUGCUGGGUCUGCCUGUCCUGGGCAGCCUGUUCAUCCACAGCUGUAUGAGCGUCCUGGGCCAGCUGGCUGCGCUCUUCAUCACCGCCUCACAGGACUGGUACGUUCCACUCAAUUCAACAGUUUUUGGAACAGAAAAUCUGCCCAACAUGGAGGACACCAGCUUGUUUGCCGUGUCAGGUUUCCAGUACAUCAUCAUGGCUGUGGUGGUGACAAAGGGAUACCCUCACAAGAAACCUCUCUAUCACAACGUGCUUUUCCUCUGCUUACUGAUUGUUCUCUUUGCCCUGAUGACUUGGCUGGUCGUGUACCCGGGGGCUUGGGUUUGCCGAGAACUUCAACUGUACGACUUCUCAGACGUGGAUUUCAAACUGCUGCUCGUUGCCGUGGCUGCGCUCAACUUCCUCAUUUGUUUUGUUGCAGAGGCGCUGAUAGACCUGGGUAUGCUGAACUGUCUCCGGUUGCUGCGUGGAACGCGUCAGUCCAAGAAACAGUAUAAACGUCUGAAUGCCCUUUUGGCUAACUCUCCGUCAUGGCCGCCUCUCAAUCAAGCCCUGUCGCCCACAAAUCAGACUGUCAUCUUCCUUAGCUAGCGUCUGCUUCCCCCCCCCCGUCGGACACUGUCAAACAAACCAAACGAUGCUGUUGAUGUCUGCAUGGCAGCUCAGCCCAACCAACAAUGCAGAAUCCUGUUUACAUGUGAAUAAAACUAUUUUAUUAAGAUUA